AUGACUUACUAUCAACCAGAAAUGAAAAUGGAUGUUGACCAGAAUCCAACAAUGGUAUUGAAUGAGCUUCGUAAACAAUGUCCUUCAGAAUUACAAGAAUAUUUAAAUAAUUUUGAAGACUUGUAUGAUCGCAAGUUAUGGCACCAACUUACUUUAAAAAUUGAAGAAUUCUUUACAGAACAAACCUCUGGUCCUUACCAGAUUCAACUGUUUCAACAUUUUAUAUCUGACUGGGAAAGCAAGAUGAAUAAGCUUAAAUUAGUGAGGUUGGGACUUUGUGUCGCGAAACAAUUUAGUGAUCUCAUGAUAAAUAUCAUAUUAGAUUAUAACGAAGCCUUGGCCUUUCUAACGUCACUUGUUGAAAAAGUUGAUACGCCUGAAACGCGUGAUGCAUAUGUUCUUGCCGUGACAGAAACAGCUUAUAUAAAGCUUAGAUUAUUUGAUCUUGAGGGCACGAAGACUGCUAUGGAUGAAUGUGAGAAGAUUCUUGAUACAUUUGAUUCCGUGGAAACUGUAAUUCACGCGAGUUUUUAUCGUGUUUGUGCGGAUUUUUACAAGGCAAAGGCGGAAUAUGCACAAUAUUAUAAAAAUGCAUUGCUUUAUCUAGCAUGUAUUCAACUUGAAGAUUUGACUUUAGAAGAAAAAGCUGAAAGGGCUCACGAUUUGGCGAUUAGUGCAUUGUUGGGUGAUACCAUUUAUAAUUUCGGUGAAUUGCCUAUAUUACAAGAAAAUAUGUCAUUUUUACGUCAGAAGAUUUGCUUAAUGUCAUUGAUUGAAGCAGUAUUUAAAAGAAGCUCAGAUAAUAGGACAAUUCCCUUCGCAAAUAUUUCGGAAGAAACCCAAUUGCCAAUUGACGAGGUGGAAUAUCUUGUAAUGAAGGCACUUUCCCUUAAAUUGAUUCGUGGGUCAAUUGAUCAAGUUGGUGAAGUAGUAGUUGUAACGUGGGUUCAACCGCGUGUUUUAGAUAAAGAUCAAAUUGAUAAUAUGAGACAGAGGUUACAAGAGUGGGAUGAAAACGUAAAAAAGACUGCUAUAUUUGUAGAGAAUGAAACCCCUGAAUUAUUUGUUCAUCUUCACCCCGAAGUACUUUGGGCACAACGCCAAAAUGAGAUUUAUGUUACUAUAAAUUUGGUUGAUAUUAAAGAUCCUAAAAUCGAUGUGACCAAAGAUAAGAUUUCUUUUGAAGGAAUCGGAGGCACAGAACAGAAACUGUAUCAGUUUGAGCUAAACUUACAUAAAGAAGUUAAUCCAGAGACUGCACGUAGUAUUAUCAUUGUUCUUGAUAAAGCUGAACAUGGACAAAAAUAUUGGCCACGUUUACAAAAGGAACCAGACUACCCUGAGUUAGAAAAUGCUAAUGACACUGCAAAGACAGACGAACCAAAGGAAGAAUCUAACAAGGAGGCUGCUCAAGAAGAAGAACCUAGCAAGGAAGCAGCAAAGGAUUAA